AUGGGCAUGGACGGUUCGCGCCGCGAAGCUUUUAUAGUGUUAGGGUUGUGCUUAGCGUGGUAUACCAUCAGCUCGGCCAGCAAUGUGGUGGGUAAAUUGGUGCUAACAGACUUCCCGUAUCCGAUGUCGGUGACGAUGGUGCAGCUUCUGUCGAUUGUGGUGUGCAGUUACCCCGCAUUCGCGGUCUGUGGGGUGCGGCGUGCGACAGACUUCACACGUCCAUUCUACUGGCGCGUGCUCGUGCCGCUAGCCUUCGCCAAGUUCCUAACCACUGUAUGCUCUCAAGUCUCUAUCUGGAAAGUGCCUAUCUCGUAUGCACACACUGUGAAGGCGACGACACCGUUAUGGACAGCCGGACUCUCGUUUGUGCUCUUCGGCGAGCGACAAACGCGCGGUGUGCAGCUGGCGCUGGUCGUGAUCGCACUGGGCGUAGGCGUCGCCUCGGCCACUGAGCUGCAGUUCGACGCUCUCGGACUGGGGGCCGCGCUCUCUGCCGCUGCAUUGCUCAGUCUACAGCACAUAUACUCCAAGCGUGUCAUGCGAGAUACCGGCGUACAUCAUCUGCGCCUUCUACAGACGCUGGGGCGAAUGGCGCUCGUGCUGUUCCUGCCGGUGUGGGUGUGGCGGGACGGCGCGGCGCUAUGGCAAGGCGCGCGGCCUCGCGGCGGUUGGCUGACGGGUGGCGCGCUGCUGGCGGCGGACGGGCUGCUGGCGUGGUUGCAAGCCGUGGCCGCGUUCAGCGUGCUGUCGCGCGUCACGCCGCUGGCUUACGCCGUGGCGUCGGCCGCCAAGCGCGCGGCCGUGGUCGGCGCGUCACUGCUGCUGCUGCGCAACCCCGCGCCGCCGCUCAACUUGGCGGGCAUGGCGCUGGCGCUGCUGGGCGUGUUCGCCUACAACCGCGCGAAAGUGGCGGCGCGCACCGCCACUCCCGUUCGCUUGCCGUUGCCUGUGUGA